CGGCGCUCAACUCUACGGCACAUACAACAGCAGCAGAAACAAUGGCGGAAGCGGAAUUGAAGGAGUUCUUCACCUCGGGAGACAAGGCUCUUGAGCCUGAUGUUCUCACCGAGCUGCAGUCCCUAUUGCGCCUGCACGACCUGUCCGCCGAGGACCUCUUUUACAAAUGGGAGUCCUUCUGCAUCAAGAUGGACAUGGACGCCAUGAAUCCCGACAUUGUGCACGUGCGAAACUUCAAAAAGGAUAUCCAAGACGCACUGGAGAAGAGCAACCGACAGCAGACGCACAUCAAGACGGAGAAGCGCAGUCACGGCACCCCGCGAGCCGGCAGGGGCGGCGGCGACGUCUUUGGCAUGCUGGAUGGACUGGUGCCCAGCACGCCGGCGUCAGGGAGGCUGAACAAGCCGAGCAGUCUGCGCAAGAAGACGCACGAGACGCCGACGAUGUCGCGGGUCAAGGCCGAGAUCCCCUCGAGCUCGCCGGACUACAAGGGCGCCUCCAAGAUGGAGGAGCAGCUCAACGCAAUGUCACUACCCAGCUCAUUCAACGAUCGACAGAACGCCGGCGAGACGGUGGAAGUGCUCAACGACCAUCUCGACGCUCCCGAGCCGCCGAUUUGCCCGUACCCCGAACCCCGCAUCAAGUUGACGGCGGCGUCAGACCAGAAGAAGCUGGCGUACAAGCCCCUGGCGAUGAAGCUGUCAGAGGCGUCCGAGAUCCUCGACGACAGGAUAGACGAGUUCAUGCACAUCAUCCAGGACUACCACAAGCUGGACUUUUCGGAGUUCGGCAACGCGGCGAGCCAGAGCACGACAGAGGUGAUUGCCGUGGGACGCAUCGCCUCGGAUGCGCCAGAGGGCAAGCUGAACGCGGCGUCGCUGGUGCUGGAGAUGUCGAGGCGGGUGGGUGGUGGUCUGCGGGCGCCCCUGAACAUGCGCAACAAGGGGUACAGCUUCUUUCCCGGCCAAAUUGUGGCACUCAGGGGCAUCAACACCUCGGGCAACGAGUUUGUCGUGGAGGAUGUGCUCGAGGUGCCUCUGCUGCCGAAUGCCGCGUCGACGCCGGCCGCACUGGCUGCGCACCGCGAGAAGCUGCGAGGCGACCCGGACGCCAUGGACACUGACUCGGACCCUGCGCCCCUCAACAUUCUCUACGCCUCCGGUCCGUACACGGCGGACGACAACCUCGACUUUGAGCCGCUGCACGCCCUCUGCGACCAAGCCGCCGACACGUACGCGGAUGCGCUGGUGCUGACGGGGCCGUUCAUCGACAGCGAGCACCCUCUGAUCGCGAUGGGCGACUUUGACCUCCCCGAAGAAGCCGUCAUCGAGCCGGACACGGCCACCAUGUCGACCGUCUUCAAGUACAUGUUCUCCCCGGCCCUGAACCGCCUCGUGUCCGCCAACCCCAGCAUCACCAUCCUCCUCGUCCCCUCGGUGCGCGACGUCAUCGACAAGCACGUCUCGUGGCCGCAAGACUCGGUCCUGAAGAAGGAGCUCGGCCUCCCCAAGACGGCGAGGAUCGUCACCAACCCGAUGACGCUGUCCGUCAACGAGAUGGUCAUGGGCAUCUCGUCGCAGGAUGUGCUCUGGCAGCUGCGGCACGAGGAGCUCGUCGGCGGCCGCCCCGCGGAUCCGUCGUUGCUGUCGAGGCUUAGCAGGUACCUGUUGGAGCAGAGGCACUUUUUCCCGCUCUUCCCGCCGACGGACCGCCAGAAGCUGCCCAAGACGGGGACCGAGGAGGGCAUCCCGCCCGGUGCCAUGCUGGAUCUUAGUUAUUUGAAGCUGGGCGAGAUGGUCAACGUUCGCCCGGAUGUGCUGGUGGCGCCCAGCUUCUUGCCUCCGUUUGCCAAGGUCGUCGAGAGCGUCCUCGUGAUCAACCCGGGCUACCUCUCGAAGAGACGCGGCGCCGGCACGUACGCCCGCCUGACGCUGUUCCCUCCCAAGGCCGACGUGGGCCAGUCCGCGGCCAUGGUGAGCCACGGCGUGUUUGAGCGCGCGAGGGUGGAGAUUAAGAAGAUUUGAAGCGCACCUCUAUGACGUUUACGAUGGCAAAGGGUUUUCUUUCAGGGCCUCGGAGUUUGGUUGGGAGGGUAUAUUCAGCAUGCGCUCGUAGUGAGCCUGGUUAGGAUACGCUUCUUAAUACAUUUUGCAAUGACGACCACUGCCUUUUUCUUCUUCGGUGAUAUUAUCUAGAGUCCACGCGCCUCCGCUUGUCGCUGUCGUAGCGCUCUCUCUCGCGUGACGGGCUGCGCUUCCGCCGGUCCCUGUAGUCGUCUCGCGAGUCGCGGCGCGGCGACCUUGACCUCGACCGAUCGCGACGGCGGUAGUCGUCCCUGUCUCUGCGCCGGUCGUCUCUGUCGCCCCCGCGCCGGUCAUCAUCGCGAUACCUAUCACGAUCACCUCUGCCACCACCUGAAGGCGCCUUGCGGUCACCCAAGGGAAUGGCGUUGGCACCGUUGACCUCGCGGUCAUUAUCCGGCCGGAACCGCUCGUCCACAUCCCUAUCGAAUCCACCUCUCCUCCGGUCACUACCACCCCCGCCACGCCGGUCAUCAAACUCGCCCCAUCGUCCCGUAUCCUCGCUCUUGAGAUCCUUGUACUUCGUCCCGCCCUUGCGUCCAAGCUUCGUCAUGUCGCGCUUCUGGAGGUACUCCGGCAGCGCGCUGCGGUCCUUGACAUCAUCCGCGAUCCGCAUGCCCAUGAGAUCGCGCUUGUCGAGCCCGUACGCCUUGGCCUCCUCGCUGUAGAACGCGCCCUUGUGGUAGUACUUUUGCAGAUACGACAUCUUGCCCUUGGCGUCCUUCUCGUCCUGCUGCGCGGCGAUCUUGUCCGCGUCCUCGGCGUCGCGCUCCUCCUGCGUGAGGUUCUGCCGCCUCUCGCGCUCGGCGUACUCGGCCUCCUGCUCGGCGAUGCGGUCGCGCUCGCGCUUGACGCGUUUGAGCUCGCGGAGGCGCCAGGCGGCGAGUUCGGCCUCCGGGUCGAGGUCGUCUGUCGUGUCGACGUCGGAGCCCGAGGCCUCGUCGUCGUCCCAGUGCUUCUUGCCGGCGGCGCGGGCGGCGAGGUCCUUUGCGAUUUGUUCUUCGACGAGGGCGUCGGCGGCGGCUUUGCGGCGGGCUUCUUCUUCUGCCUGGCGCGUCUCGUCGUCUUUGGUGGACGGCUGUCCUUUGGUGGCUGCCGCUGCUGCGUUGCGCUGGUUCUUUGGAAUGAAUUUGGGUCGGAUCAUGAGGCGGCGGGGGGCUUCUUCUUCGCUGCUGCUUUCCUCCUCGCUGGAGCUCUCUUCGUCGCCUUCGUCAUCAUCUUCUCCCUCUUCUUCCUCCUCUUCCGUGACGAAACCCUCUUCCGCGGCGAGUCGCUCCGCCUUUUCGCGUGCUAUCCUCUGAUUCUCCUUGUCCUGCGCCUCGCGCCUCCGUUCGUCGAGGUUGACUUUGCUGAGGUUGCUGGCGAUCUUGGCGGCGCUCGAUGCCUUUGGCGGCGGCUUGAUCGCGCGGGCCUUGGUGUCGUCGUCCUUCGCGGUGGUGUUCUCGUCAUCGCUCGCGUCCGAGUCUGAUGAGUCCUCUUGGGGGACGGCCUUGCCGGGGAAGUAGCGUCCCGGCUUGACCGGGUUCGCAGUCAUGCGCUUGGGUGGCAUAUUGUGGUUUGUGUGGAUGUCGU